AGGCGCCGAGGGGUGGUCUUGCGGAGAUUUGCCUUACGUACGCAGCGGCAUGACGUAGGACGUAGGGGCUGGCUAGCCGCCAUCUUGCUUCUUUUUCUCGGUAGCGCUCUACCUUUCGGGAAGCAGGCAAAGUGUUUUGGCAGUUUGUCCAUCCCCUGCUUUGGCUUUCCUGGUCCGGUGGCCCUUCCGGCCCCUCCUCUAACCCUAGCCUCCCCUUCCCCUCCCCUAGGUCGGAGCUCGGCGGAGACCCUCGAAGUGCGCAAAUCGCUCAGCUUGACACUCACGCUGGCCGACUGGUUUUAAGGGGUGUGGCUGGAGGUUUUGGACUCGAUGAGUUUCCACCGAAAUGUCGGAGAAGUCAGGCCAGAGCACAAAAGCAAAGGAUGGGAAAAAGUAUGCAACACUCAGUUUAUUUAAUACUUACAAGGGUAAAUCAUUAGAAACACAGAAAACCACAGUUGCAGCUCGACAUGGAUUACAGAGUCUUGGAAAAGUUGGUAUUUCACGGCGUAUGCCUCCACCUGCUAACCUCCCAAGUCUCAAAGCAGAAAACAAAGGCAAUGAUCCUAAUGUGAACAUUGUACCUAAAGAUGGCACAGGAUGGGCAUCAAAACAAGAACAGCAUGAAGAAGAAAAAACACCAGAAGUACCACCAGCACAGCCAAAACCUGGGGUCACAGCUCCCCCAGAGGUAGCACCUGUUCCCAAAUCAUGGGCCAGUAACAAGCAAGGUGGGCAAGGAGAUGGAAUCCAAGUGAAUAGUCAUUUUCAGCAAGAAUUUCCCAGCCUGCAGGCAGCUGGGGAUCAGGAAAAAAAAGAAAAAGAAGCAAAUGAUGACAACUAUGGACCUGGACCUAGUUUACGCCCACCAAAUGUUGCUUGUUGGAGAGAUGGUGGUAAGUCUGCUGGCUCACCUUCUCCAUCUGAUCAAGAUGAAAAGCUCCCUGGUCAGGUUGACAGCACAGCUGCAACAUCAGAGCAAAAUGAUAUCCUCAAAGUGGUGGAAAAGAGGAUAGCUUGUGGUCCUCCACAGGCCAAACUGAAUGGACAGCAGACUGCUCUUGCUUCCCAGUAUAGAGCUAUGAUGCCUCCUUAUAUGUUUCAACAGUAUCCAAGAAUGGCAUAUCCUCCUCCUGUACAUGGUCCCAUGAGGUUCCCACCUUCUUUAUCUGAAACAAACAAAGGCCUUCGAGGAAGAGGCCCCCCUCCUUCAUGGGCAUCUGAGCCUGAACGCCCCUCCAUCCUUAGUGCAUCAGAACUCAAGGAGCUUGAUAAGUUUGAUAACCUAGAUGCUGAAGCUGAUGAAGGUUGGGCAGGUGCUCAGAUGGAAGUGGAUUAUACAGAACAGUUGAAUUUCAGUGAUGAUGAUGAGCAAGGAAGUAGUAGUCCUAAAGAGAACAGCAGUGAGGAUCAAGGUCCAAAAUCCUCUGAAAACACUGAAAACCGAAAAGAAGCAGAUGAAGUUAACAGCACUAAAUCAUCUUCUCAGAUACCUGCCCAGCCAUCAGUAGCAAAAGGUCCCUAUGGGAAAGGAGCUCUGUUUAAUCAGGAACGUGGAACAUCAUCACACCUGCCACCACCCCCAAAGUUGCUUGCACAACAGCAUCCACCUCCUCCAGAUCGACAGGCAGUACCUGGAAGAGCAGGCCCUUUCCCCCCCAAGCAGCAAGUACCUGAUGAAGAUGAAAUUUGGAAGCAAAGACGAAGACAACAGUCAGAAGUUUCUGCAGCAGUGGAACGUGCUCGUAAACGGCGGGAAGAAGAAGAGAGAAGAAUGGAAGAACAAAGGAAGGCAGCUUGUGCAGAGAAACUGAAACGAUUAAAUGAGAAGCUUGGCAUUGUGGAAAAGCAACCAUCUCCAGAGGAAAUUAGGGAAAGAGAGCGUGAAAAAGAACGGGAGCGUGAGAAAGAACUUGAAAAAGAACAAGAACGAGAGAGAGAGAAGGAGAAGGAAAGAGAGAGGGAGAGGCAACAGGAAAAGGAGAAAGAACUGGAGAAGGAGCAGGAAAAACAAAGAGAAAUGGAGAAAGAAAGAAAGCAAGAAAAAGAGAAAGAACUAGAACAGCAGUGGGAAAAGGAAAAAGAACUGCAAAAGACGAGAGAACAGGAGAAGGAAUGUGAGCUGGAACAGAAGGAAGGGGAAAAAGUGGAGGAAAAAGUUGAAUCCAAAGAACCUGCUUUAGAGCCUGUGAUAGAAAAACAGGAAAGCGAAAACAGCAGUACUAAAGAGGAGGAGCCAGUUUUCACUAGACAAGAUAGCAGUCGCAGUGAAAAAGAAACCACACAAGUGGCUCAUGAAACAGAACCAGAAUCAGGGGCUCAGCCUCGGCCUGCUGUAUUAUCUGGCUAUUUCAAACAGUUUCAAAAGUCUUUACCACCACGAUUCCAGCGGCAGCAGGAACAGAUGAAACAGCAGCAGUGGCAGCAGCAGCAACAGCAGGGUAUACUUCCACAAACUGUGUCUUCACAGCCAUCCAGUGGUGCUGUCCCUCCUCCACCACACAGACCUCUGUACCAGCCCAUGCAGCCUCACCCUCAGCAUUUGGCUUCCAUGGGUUUUGAUCCAAGGUGGCUCAUGAUGCAGUCAUAUAUGGAUCCUCGCAUGAUGUCAGGAAGACCUACUAUGGAUAUUCCACCCAUUCAUCCUGGAAUGAUUCCUCCUAAGCCAUUAAUGAGAAGAGACCAGAUGGAAGGGUCGCCAAACAGUUCUGAGUCAUUUGAGCAUAUAGCUCGAUCCACAAGAGACCAUGCCAUUUCCCUCUCUGAGCCUCGUAUGAUGUGGGGGUCAGAUCCCUAUCCUCAUGCUGAGCCUCAGCAGGCAACUACUCCCAAGAUAACAGAAGAACCUGAGGAUGUAAGGCCUGAAGCCCCUUUGGAACAGGAACAGAUUACUCCUGCUUAUCCUGUAGAACAUAGUCAGUUGGAUUCUCAUCCAAAAGUAGACUUUCUCAGAGAAUCAUGUGAGACAGAAGUACAAAAGUUUCUAAGCAGAUCUGUGGAAGACAUUAGACCUCACCAUAGUGAAACCAACAAUCUGUCUGCUUGUUUUGAAGUAUCUGAUCAAAAGACCAUAUCCACUCCUCAAGAAGAACAGAUUUCAGCUGGAGAAAGUCAGCCUGUUCUGAAAAGAAGUGUUUCCCAUGGAUCUAACCAUACUCAGAAAUCAGAGGAACAAAGAAAUGAGCCAUCUGUAAGCAUUCCUAAAGUAACCAGCAGAUGCAUUGAUUCAAAAGAACCAGCAGAAAGACCAGAGGAAAAACCAAAAAAGGAUGGCUUCAUACGAUCUUCGGAAGGACCAAAACCUGAAAAACUGUAUAAAUCUAAAUCUGAAACUCGCUGGGGCCCAAGACCAAGCUCCAACAGACGGGAAGAAGGUAACGAUAGGCCUGUGAGAAGAUCGGGUCCCAUUAAAAAACCUAUACUUAGAGAUAUGAAAGAGGAACGAGAGCAGAGAAAGGAAAAAGAAGGAGAAAAGGUCACAGAAAAAGUUGUAAAGCCCGAAAAGACAGAAAAGAAGGAUCCUCUUCCUUCACCCUCACCACCUCCAGCACCGACCCAGCCACAGUCAGUUCCACCACCACCUCCACCAGAACUAGAGAAACCUCCUUCAACAGAAACUUCAGCUGUGGCUCAAAAGCCAUCUCAAGAUACUGAGAAGCCUUUGGAACCUCUGAAUAGUGUUCAAGUAGAGCCUACAGUUAAAACUGUUAGCCAACAAAUGGUCUCAGCACCAACAGUCAAAGAAGAGAAACAGCCUGAGAAGGUCAUCACUAAAGACCUUGUUAUAGAAAGACCUCGACCAGAUUCAAGACCAAUAGUCAAAAAAGAAUCAACUUUACAAACCCCUAGGACCUAUUGGAAAGAAGCUAGAGAUUGGUUUCCAGAUCAAGGAUACAGAGGUCGAGGCCGAGGUGAAUAUUAUUCCAGAGGUCGAAGCUAUAGAGGCUCUUAUGGAGGGCGAGGCCGGGGUGGUAGAGGGCACCCUCGAGAUUAUCCUCAGUAUAGAGACACUAAGCCAAGAACAGAGCACGUGCCCUCAGGGCCUCUCAGGCAGCGAGAAGAAAGCGAAACCCGAAGUGAGAGCUCUGACUUUGAAGUCGUCCCUAAAAGAAGAAGACAGCGAGGUUCAGAGACUGACACAGACAGUGAAGUUCAUGAAAGUGCCAGUGACAAGGAUAGUUUAAGCAAGGGUAAACUGCCCAAAAGAGAGGAACGAUCUGAAAACAAAAAACCUAUAAAGCCUCAGUUUUCUUUCAAGCCUGAAAACCAUGUCCGAAUAAAUAAUAGACCACUUGAAAAACCUUAUAUGAGGGAUGAUGACAAAUCUAAACCAGGCUUCCUUCCUAAAGGAGAGCCAACAAGACGAGGCAGAGGGGGAACAUUCAGACGUGGUGGAAGGGAUCCUGGAGGUCGCCCAUCACGCCCCACCACCUUACGAAGGCCUGCUUAUCGGGACAAUCAGUGGAACCCAAGGCAGGCAGAAGCUCCUAAACCAGAAGAUGGAGAGCCACCCAGAAGACAUGAGCAGUUUAUUCCUAUACCAGCAGAUAAACGACCUCCAAAGUUUGAGCGAAAAUUUGACCCAGCUAGAGAGAGGCCCCGAAGGCAACGCCCUACCCGACCACCAAGGCAAGAUAAGCCUCCUCGGUUUAGACGACUAAGAGAGAGAGAGGCUGCUUCUAAAACAAAUGAGGUGACAGUAUCCACAAAUGGCACAGUUAACAGUGUGGUUCAAGAAGCAGCCAGUACUGCUGGGGAUAUUUCUGGGAGUAAGACACCAGACUUAUCUAAUCAGAACUCUUCAGAUCAGGCAAAUGAAGAGUGGGAAACAGCCUCGGAAAGCAGUGAUUUCAAUGAGAGGCGUGAGAGGGAUGAAAAAAAAAAUGCUGAUUUGAAUGCACAAAUGGUUGUAAAGGCCGGAGAGAAUGUUUUACCUCCAAAGCGGGAAAUAGCAAAGAGAAGUUUUUCCAGUCAGAGACCUGGGGUAGAUCGCCAGAAUCGGCGCAGCAACAAUGGUCCACCAAAAUCAGCAAGGAAUUUCUCAGGUCCUAGGAAUGAAAGAAGAAGUGGCCCACCAUCCAAAAGUGGGAAGAGAGGACCAUUUGAUGACCAGUCUGCAGGUACAACUGGUGUUGACCCAGUCAAUGGCAGCUCUACACACCACCAAGAAGGAGCACUUAAUGGUACAGGACAAAAGAACUCCAAAGAUACUACUGGGAAAAAAAGAGAAGACCCCAAACCAGGUCCUAAAAAACCCAAAGAGAAAGUAGAUGCUCUCUCACAGUUUGAUCUCAACAAUUAUGCAAGUGUUGUUAUAAUCGAUGACCACCCUGAAGUAACAGUAGUUGAAGAUCCUCAAUCAAAUUUGAAUGAUGAUGGUUUUACCGAAGUGGUAUCCAAAAAACAACAAAAACGUUUACAGGAUGAAGAACGCCGAAAGAAGGAAGAACAAAUCAUACAGGUCUGGAACAAAAAGAAUGCAAAUGAAAAAGGAAGAAAUCAGACAUCUAAGCUUCCUCCAAGAUUUGCCAAAAAACAGACUACAGGGACCCAGCAAGCACAGUGUCCUGCCUCAGCACCAAAUUCAGCCUCAGCUCCAGCUCUAGCUCCAGUUCCAGCUUCAGCCCCAGUUCCAUCCUCAACCUCAGCCCCAAUUCCAGCAUCAGCCUUAGCUCCCGUUCCACCAUCAACCUCAGCUCCCCUUCUAGCCUCACCCUCAGCUUCAGUUCCAACCUCAGCCUCAACUCCAGCUCCAGCCUCCACCUCAGCCACAGCCACAGCCUCUUCCUCAGCUCCAGUCCCAGCCCCAGUCCCGAUUCCAGCCCCAACUCCCAUCCUUGCCUCAAUCUCAGCCCCAGCCUCUGUCCCUAUCCUUGCCUCAGCCCCGACCUCAGUCCCCAUCCUUGCCUCAGCCCCAGCUUCAGUCCCCACCCUUGCCUCAGCUCUAGUACCAGCUUCAUCUCCAACUCCAGCCCCAACAGCAUCAGCCCCAACUGCCCCAACAGUCUCAGCUGCAGCUGCCCCAGCCUCAGUUCCAACUGCCCCAGUCCCACUUGCCCCAGCCCCAUCUACCCCUGGCCCGUCUGCCCCAGCCCAGACUCAGGCACAGACUCACAAAACAGUCCAAAAUUCACUCCAGACUACAACACAGACUUCAAAACAGCCACCACCUUUAGUUAGGCUGCAUUCAGCUCAGACACCUAAUGGUGUAGAUUAUGUAACCACAGGAAAAUCCAUCCAAAACUCGCAGUGCCAUGGCACUCUUACAGCUGAAUUGUGGGACAACAAGGUGGCCCCACCCGCUGUGCUGAACGACAUCUCUAAAAAAUUAGGUCCCAUUAGCCCACCACAGCCACCUUCAGUCAGUGCAUGGAAUAAGCCCUUAACAUCGUUUGGAUCAGCUGCUUCACCAGAGGGAACAAAGAAUGGUCAAGAAAGUGGAGUUGAAAUAGGAAUUGACACAAUUCAGUUUGGUGCUCCAGCUUCAAAUGGGAAUGAAAAUGAAGUUGUUCCUAUGCUUUCGGAUAAACCUACUGACAAAAUACCUGAGCCCAAAGAACAACGGCAGAAGCAGCCACGGGCAGGACCUAUCAAAGCCCAGAAGCUUCCAGAUUUGAGUCCAGUAGAAAGCAAGGAACAUAAACCUGGUCCCAUUGGAAAGGAACGUUCGUUAAAAAACAGAAAAGUAAAAGAUGUUCAGCAGGUGGAGCCAGAAGGACAAGAGAAGCCAAGCCCUGCUACAGGCAGAAGCACAGAUCCUGUCACAACAAAGGAAACCAAAACCGUCUCAGAAAUGUCUUCUGAAAUAGGAACAAUGAUUUCAGUGUCGUCUGCAGAAUUUGGCACUAAUGCAAAGGAGUCGGUAACAGACUAUACUACACCUUCUUCUUCUCUGUCUAACACUGUGGCUACUAAUAAUGCAAAGAUGGAGGACACUUUGGUUAAUAAUGUGCCCCUGCCCAACACCCUUUCCCUCCCUAAGAGGGAGACUAUCCAACAGAGCUCCAGCCUGACUUCAGUUCCUCCCACUACUUUCAGCCUCACCUUCAAGAUGGAGUCUGCACGAAAGGCAUGGGAGAAUUCUCCAAAUGUAAGGGAAAAGGGGUCUCCAGUAACUUCCACAGCACCUCCAAUUGCAAGUGGAGUCAGCAGUGGUGCCAGUGGGCCAAGCACUGCUAGUUACAAUUCGUUCUCAAGUGCAUCGAUGCCUCAGAUUCCUGUAGCCUCAGUGACUCCUACAACAUCAUUAUCAGGAGCUGGUACAUACACUACCUCUUCUUUGAGUACAAAAUCUACAACCACCUCUGACCCUCCUAACAUUUGUAAAGUGAAACCCCAGCAGUUACAGACAAGCAGCCUGCCUUCUGCAAGUCAUUUUUCACAGUUAAGCUGUAUGCCUUCCCUUAUUGCCCAGCAACAACAGAGUCCACAAGUCUACGUGUCUCAGUCUGCAGCAGUAACACAAAUUCCAGCUUUCUAUAUGGACACAAGUCAUUUAUUCAAUACCCAGCAUGCACGAUUGGCUCCCCCAUCCUUGGCUCAGCAACAAGGCUUCCAACCAGGUCUUUCUCAGCCAACUUCAGUUCAGCAGAUUCCAAUCCCUAUUUAUGCACCAUUGCAAGGACAGCAUCAAGCUCAACUGAGUUUAGGGGCUGGGCCUGCUGUUUCCCAAGCUCAGGAAUUAUUCAGUUCUUCACUUCAACCAUAUAGAUCUCAGCCAGCCUUUAUGCAAAGCAGUCUAUCCCAGCCAUCUGUGGUUCUUUCUGGCACUGCCAUCCACAACUUUCCAGCUGUCCAACACCAGGAACUCGCCAAGGCACAGUCAGGUCUUGCCUUUCAGCAGACUUCAAACACUCAGCCUAUUCCUAUCUUGUAUGAACAUCAGCUGGGUCAGGCAUCAGGACUAGGAGGCUCCCAACUGAUUGACACUCAUCUUCUCCAGGCUAGAGCGAAUCUUACCCAGGCUUCAAAUCUGUAUUCUGGACAAGUACAACAGCCUGGUCAGACCAGUUUUUAUAACACUGCCCAGUCACCAAGUGCUCUCCAGCAGGUAAACUAUGGCAUGGUUACAGUACCUUUGCCAGCCUCCCAGCUUUCCUUGCCUAAUUUUGGAUCUACAGGGCAACCUCUAAUUGCUUUGCCUCAGACUAUUCAGCCCCCAUUACAGCAUACUACCCCACAGGCUCAGGCCCAGAGCCUGAGUCGUCCUGCACAAGUAAGCCAACCUUUCAGAGGAUUAAUCCCUGCUGGAACACAGCAUAGCAUGAUCGCAACCACAGGAAAAAUGUCCGAAAUGGAACUAAAAGCCUUUGGAAGUGGUAUUGAUAUCAAACCAGGCACACCUCCAAUCAGCGGUAGAAGCACCACACCAACAUCUAGUCCCUUCCGGGCUACUUCCACAAGUCCGAACAGCCAGUCCAGCAAAAUGAACAGCAUUGUCUAUCAGAAGCAGUUCCAGUCAGCCCCUGCCACUGUGAGAAUGACGCAGCCAUUUCCUACACAGUUUGCACCCCAGAUUCUCUCUCAGCCUAACCUGGUCCCUCCAUUGGUAAGAGCCCCACAUACUAACACCUUCCCAGCGCCUGUUCAGAGGCCACCAAUGGCACUGGCCAGUCAGAUGCCUCCUCCGCUGACCACAGGCCUCAUGAGCCAUGCUCGUUUGCCACAUGUAGCCAGGGGUCCUUGUGGAUCACUAUCUGGAGUCAGAGGUAAUCAGGCCCAGGCUGCGUUGAAGGCUGAACAAGACAUGAAGGCAAAGCAGAGAGCAGAGGUUCUUCAGUCCACGCAGCGGUUCUUCUCUGAACAGCAGCAGAGCAAACAAAUAGCUGGCAAAGCCCAGAGAGUGGACAGUGAUUCAAGCAAACCUCCUGAAACACUGACCGACCCUUCUGGUGUCUGUCAGGAAAAAGUGGAAGAGAAGCCAACCCCUGCACCCACCAUGGCCACCAAACCCAUUAGAACUGGACCAAUCAAACCUCAGGCAAUCAAAACCGAAGAAACAAAAUCUUAAAGCCAAUGGGUUUUAGCAGGGGUUGGGGGAUGAGGUUGGGGAGAAUGGAGUCAGAUAAUGCCAGAGGCCAAAGGGGUAAAGUGGUCUGUGACAUUGUCCUGUGCAGAACUUGGAGAUGCACAAGGGACAGGGACAUAGGAGCAGUUUACACUGACAGCUGCUGCACAAGAGAAAAUGAGGCUUUGCCAGCUUGCACCUGCUGUAUAACACAUGCUCUGUUGAUGGCCGUGCAUCUUCAGUCAGAAUUUAUAUACAAAUAUGUGCACACAUUCUUUGAGUGCGUAUCAUUUAGAACUAAAAUCCUUAUGAUUAGUUGAAACACCAGAAAUGUGAGGAAAAUAACACUGCAGAGGGAGUAGCUCAGCCUGAACAGUGUGGCUGUCCCACUACUACAUCACAUGUGGUUUCUUUGCUCCCUUGCGUUCUUUGGAUCUGGUAUAGCAUUUGUAGGCUUGGUGGUGAGGAACUGAAGAUAACCGGUGCUGGAGAGAGGAGCCUUAUUUUUUAUUAUGGCAGCUUGCUAUUUUUUGUAACAUGGUGAUUGAGUUGAACACAAUCAAAGUAUAGUAACUAUCUCCCCUACUUCCUGGAUGAGUGAGCAAAUGAUUAAGUAUUGGUGUCAGCAUCCUUGAACAUCUCCAGAUAAGCAUUGUUUGGCUACUGCUUCUAUUUGAAAUGAUACUGUGUUUUAGUUGUGGCCCAAAGCUUUGAAGUGCUACUUGGCAUCUCCUUUCUUCCAUGGAGCUCUCACCAUUCAAACAUAACAGAUUUGGUAAAAUCAUAGUUAGGUUGAGUGCACUACUUGCCUACACUUGGCCAUCUUUGUAUCCAAUGGUUUUGGGGUUUUUGUUUUGUUUUGUUUUGUUUUUCAUUUUGGGUGGUUUUUGUUUUUGUUUUUUAACGGUUUUUAGCUGAUGUUCAUGAAGAGCAGUGAGUACUUAACUGUGCCACUAAUGAAAUCCUGUCUAAGAAGGUGCAUUUCUGUACCAGAGCUGUGUCACACCAUCCUUUGGGCCCUCUGCUGGAAAAGUAGAAUCAAGUCUCAAAUAAUGCCUUUUUAAUUGUAUCCUCUAGUAUUAUAGAUGUAGGACUGUACUGUAUCAUACCUCUGUGAAUGUAAGAUAUCUUGUACCUGCUUUAUGAUAGCGUAAUAGUGACCGUGCUAUAUCAGAGCUGCUUUUUAAUGACGUUAUUCUAGAAUGUUUUCUUU